GGUGCGUUUGUUUACAUUCAUAGAAGUUUCAGUUUAAGCUUCAAGUAAUACAUCCACGUCUAGCAAGGAUGUCGGACAACGAGUACGAGCGAUUUGAGAUUACAGACUACGAUCUGGACAAUGAGUUCAACAUCAACCGGCCUCGUGGGCGCCAGAGCCGGCACCAACAGAUCUACGGCAUUUGGGCGGAUGACAGCGAGGAGGAGAGUGGUGGCGAGGCGGGAGCCACACGAAGGGGUCGCGCCGCCCGUAAGCCCAAAGACUACACCAUGCCCGUCAAUUUUGUGGCCGGCGGCAUUCAGCAGGCGGGUAAAAAGAAGAAGAAGGCGCUAAAAGCCGAUAACGAAAAAGGUUCGCAAAAAGAUGGUGCCGAAGAGGACCAGGACGAGCACAGCGACAACUCGGCCGACAGCGGACGACCAGCCUUUGGCCAGAACGACCCGGGCAGCUCCAACAGCUCCGCGGAAGAGGAGAAGCCAUCGCUGGGCCGGAAACCGGCAAGCACCACAUUUCAGCACCGCUCGCACAUCGCCAGCGAGCGCAACGUGGGCGCCUGGGAGCAGCAUACACGCGGCAUCGGAGCUAAGCUGCUCCUCCAAAUGGGCUAUGAGCCCGGCAAGGGUCUGGGCAAAGACCUGCAGGGCAUUUCGCAGCCGGUGCAAGCCCAUGUCCGCAAAGGCAGAGGCGCUAUAGGCGCCUAUGGACCCGAAACAGCCGCAAGCAUCGGAGGAAAGACGAACAAGAGCAUCAAGGUGGAUGAGGACGUGCGCGAGGCGAAAGAGUUCAAGGACCAGCUGAACAAGUGGCGAAAGGGCUCAGCCAGUGGAGCCGAUACGGUAGAGCGGCAGGGUAAGCGCUACUACUACAAGUCCGUGGAGGAGGUGAUUGCCAAGGGCAACACGUCUAGCCACUUGCUGUCGGAGAAGCUGAGCAAGAAACUUGGCAAUGUGCCGGUGAUCGAUAUGACAGGCCCAGAGAAGCGAGUGCUGAGUGGCUACCAUGCCUUGGGACAGGCUAAAAUUACGCCAGAGGAGACGCUCUACGACGCGGAAACGACGGAAAAGGGAUCCGCUCCCGUCUGCGUGUUUGCCAUGCCCGAGCUGACGCACAACCUGCAGCUCUUGGUCAGCCAGUGCGAGCAGGAGAUCAUCGCCAUCGACAACGAGGAACGCGAGUCUUCCAGCCAGCAGGCAGCGCUGGAGAGCGAGCACCGGAAGCUGGAAGAGAUCGUCCAACUAGAACGAAACCACAUACGCACGCUGGAGGAAUCCCUGGACCGAGUGGAGCGAUUAAGCGAGAAUCCAGAUUUGAGUUUACCUCAGGCGGAACGACUCUUUCGGGAGCUGCUCGUGGACUAUGCUGCCGAGUUCCAAGAGUUCGGGCUUGCAGAUCUGGCAGCGGGUGUGAUAGCGCCGCUACUGAAGAAGGAACUAGUGCAGUGGCAGCCACUGGAACAUCCAACGGAGCCGCUGCAACUUAUUAAGAAAUGGCGCGGGAUGCUUCAGCAAGGAGAUGCCGCUGAGCAGCAGCCCCGCAACGUCUUCGAUCCGUACUCCUCGCUCAUCUGGGCCGGGGUGAUGCCUUCGUUUCGGGCCAGCGCCGCCGCAUGGCAGCCCAAGGAGCACCCGCCGAUGGCGGCACUGCUGGAUGCUUGGGCACCACUGCUACCUAGUUGGGUGUUGGAUUCGGUGCUCGAGCAACUGGUUCUGCCACGAUUGGCGGCUGGAGUGCAGGAGUGGGACCCUCUCACCGACACCAUCCCAAUCGACAGUUGGGUGCUGCCGUGGCACGCCAUCUUGGGCAGUAAGCUGGAGGAGGCUGUCUAUCCUCAGAUCCGCAGCAAACUGGGCGUUGCAUUGCGCGCCUGGUCGCCGCAAGACCGAUCUGCUAGGGCCAUGCUCACGCCCUGGCAGAAGGCCUUCCCCGAGGAGGAAAUGCAGGAGUUCCUGCAGCGGCACAUAGUGCCCAAACUGCAGGUGACUCUAGCCGAGUUCAUCAUCAACCCACUGCACCAGGACCUGGAGCUGUGGCAACAGGUGUGGGAGUGGCACGAGCUCAUCGAUCCAAUGUACAUGGCGCAGCUACUGGACAGACACUUCUUCCCGCGCUGGAUGCAGGUGCUCGUAGUCUGGCUGAAUCAGUCGCCGGACUACGCGGAGAUCUCCCGUUGGUACACCGGCUGGAAGAGCAUGUUGAGUGAACCGCUUCUGCGCGAGCCCAGCGUUAAGGAGCAUCUGCGGCGAGCUCUGGAGAUGAUGCACAGAGCCAGCGAUGCCCUGCUGCAGCCCACGGUCACGCCCACGCCUCCGCCUCCAGUUCCGCCGGCUCCUGUCAUAAUGAUGGACCUGAUUCAUCCGCCCGCCCAGCUGGAGUUCAAAGAGCUGGUGUCGCAGCAAUGCGCCGACUUGGGAAUCAUCUUCGCUCCUCUGCCAGGGCGACGUGAGAUGGGCAAACAGAUUUAUCGCGUGGGCAAGCUGUUCUGCUACAUCGAUCGUCACGUCUGCAUGGUCAGCGAUGGAAGCUUCAGCAACUGGAAGCCGAUGGCACUGAAUCAUCUGCUGGAACGCUCUCAAACGGGCAUCCUUUAAAUAAAUAAUUGCGAAAAUGUA